AUGUUCUUUCUUUCUUUCUUUCGUUCGCCACACAAACUUCCAUUCAUUAUGACGAUACUGUUCUUUUUUUUCCUUUCUCCCUUCCUUUUCUUUUUCUUUCUUUCUUUCUUUCUUUCUUUCUUUUACCUUCACAAACUUCUAUUCAUUAUGACGACGACUGUUUUUUUCCUUCUUCUCUUUCUUCCUUUUCCUUCUUUCUUUCCUUCUUUCUUUCUUUCUUUCUUUUUUGUUCACCCCCAAAUUUACAAUCAUUAUGACGAAACUGUUCUUUCUUUCUUUAUUUCUUUCUUUCUUUCUUUCUUCCUUUUCUUUUUUUUCUUUCUUUCUUUCUUUCACCUUGACAAACUUCCAUUCAUUAUGACGACACUGUUCUUCCUUUCUUUCUUUCUUUCUUUCUUUCUUUCUUUCUUUCUUUCUAUUUUCUUUAACUUUCAUUCUUUCUUUCUUUUUCUUUCUUUCUUUCCACUAGUCUCUGUUUCUUUCUUUUUUUUCUUCCUGAAAUUUUUAUGCAUUAGGUCCACGCCGUACUUUCUAUCUAUCUAUCUAUCUAUCUAUCUAUCUAUCUAUCUAUCUAUCUAUCGUUCUUUCUUUCUUUCUUUUUCUUUUUUAAUUUAUUUAUUAUUUCCUUUUUUCUUUCUUUCUUUAUCCAUGCAAACUUUCAUGCGUCAUGUCCCCUUUAUUCUUUCUUUCUUUCUUUCUUUCUUUCUUUCUUUCUUUCUUUCUUUUAUUAACACAUCAAACUUCCAUGCCUUAUGUCCAUUCUGUACUUUUUCCAGCUUUUUUUCUUUCUUUUAUUCCUUUUUUCUCCCUAUUUUUCUUCCUAUUUUUCUUCCUAUUUUUCUCUACUUAUUUAUUGAUUUAAUUAUUUAUUUUCCACCUUUGUUUCUUUCUUUAAACCCCAACGAAACUGUCCUUUCUUCCUUAACCCGUCAAAAUUUCAUUCAUUUUCUCCUAUUUGUUCUUUCAUUCUAUCUUUCUUCCUUUAACCCAUCAAAAGUUUCAUGCAUUAUAUCUUCUGUUUCUCUUUUCUUUUUUUUUUUCUUUUCUUUCAUUCAUUCAUCAUAUGUUGUGAAUAAGCGAAGUUAUUUUCGUCGGGAUGGACAGCGGGGGUGA